GUUGUCGUUAACGUUGUGGCUAGCUUGUUGCUAAACUGCCUUUCACUCUGGAGCUAACGUUGAGCGUCUCUGCGUCUGAAACAAAUGAGCGCGUUAACCGGCGGGCUGUUGGAAACGUUGAGAUGAUUUAAUGAAACGUUUUACACCGUUUAACGGAGUCUGUUAUCCGACAAACACACUGAGCCAGACAGCUAGCUAGGCUAGGCUAGGCUAGGCUAGGCUAGGCUAGUUAGCUAGUUGGCUAACCGCCGCCUGAGCUAAUCCGUUAGCAUGAUGGAUCUUUUCGACGACCUGCCAGAACCGACGCAACCCUCCGGUCCAGUUCCUGCAGAGCUCACAGCUCGACCACAGACCACCAACGAAGAAGAAGAAGAGUCGGAGAAAAGGUUGAAAAGAAAGCGAGAAGCUGCAGCGUGUCCCGCGGAGGAGAAGGGGGAGCGAGGGGGGGAGGAGGUCAAGAAAGUUUGUAAAGAAGGUCUCCCGGUGCUGAGAGGCUACGUGGCGGCGCGGCGAGGGGAGCGCGAGGAGAUGCAGGACGCUCACGUCCUGCUGCCGGACAUGAGGGACUGUCUGUCCGCUCUGCCGGGACAAGUGUCUCGUGUUUCGUACUUCGCCGUGUUUGACGGUCACGGCGGAGCUCGCGCCUCCCGAUUCGCCGCCGAGCAUCUACACCUCCACCUGGCCAAGAAGUUCCCCGUCGGGACGAGCCUCUCAGCUGAGAACCUGGACAAGCUGAUCAAGAAAUGUCUCCUGGACACGUUCCGGCAGACAGACGAAGACUUCCUGAGGACAGCGUCCAGCCAGUGAAACCAGUGUGGA